AUGUCACGAAUAAGUGCAAAACUUAUACGGGACGCUAGAAGAAUCUCACCAUUUCUACCACGAUUACUACCAGCAAAUAGAACAAUUGAGCAGGCAUCUUUAGAACUAAAAUGGAUCAAGCAGGAAUUACCUAAAGAAGAUUGGAAUGAUGCAGUUAAUCAACGAUAUCAACUAGUUCCAUUGCAGUAUAUUCUCGGAAGCCAACCGUUUGGAGAAUUGAAUAUUAAAUGUACGCAGGGUGUUUUGAUACCAAGAUGGGAGACCCAGGAAUGGUGCAAUAAACUCGUUGAGACACUUAAGCAGACACACGUGAAGCAGUUGGUGGUAUUAGAUGCUUGUACUGGUACAGGAUGCAUACCAUUAUUGAUUGGUCACGAAUUGAACAAUAUUGCCCCAAAGAUUUAUGGGCUUGAUGUUUCUGGUAAAGCUUUUGAUUUGGCAAAUGAGAAUUUAUCAUUGUAUAAGCAAAGAUAUCCUAACAAUCCCAUUGAUUUGAAAUUUUAUUUAGGUGAUGUCUUUGAUGCGGAGAUUAUGGACAAGCUCGGUCUACCUAAAAUAAAUUUAUUGACUUCCAAUCCUCCUUAUAUUCCAUACCAUGACUAUAUUAAAUCUAUUGACAGAGAUGGUGUCGCAAAAUCAGUGAAAUUGUAUGAACCGAGUUUGGCGUUACUUGGGGAUGGUGAAUUUUACCGUUCGUUGGUGCAGAAUAUUUUGCGACCAUCGCAAGCAGAGGCGUUUGUUUUUGAAAUUGGAUAUAAGAAUCAGGCUGAUUAUGUCAAUUUUCUUCUCGAGGAUGACAGUGCGUGGUCAAUUGGAGUUAUGAAAGAUUCAUCAAAUCAUAUUAGAUGUGUUUUAGGUUGGUUGAAUGGUUCAGAUUUUGAUGGAUUAAAAACUUUAUGUGAUGAUGUUUAUGUUCGUUGA